UCCAUUUUUGAUCCAACCAAAAACCUGAGAGAAGAAAAGGUCACGGUCAUCUCUCUCUCGCCUUUUCGAUCUCAACUAUUUGAUCGAUUCCCUCCGCCGGAACACGUCGCCGUCGGCGAGAAGAGAAGGACCGGAAUUGCAUGGAUCAGAUUCUGAACAAGGCGGGGUCCUACUGGUUCAGCCAGAAGGCCACCAAGGAGAUCUCCUCCGUCGGCGAUGACAUCAACUCAUUGCAAUCAAGUAUUUCAGGAGGAGCGAGCUGGUUGGUUAAUAAAGUCAAAGGAAGCAUGCAAAAGCCAUUGCCGGAACUUCUUAAGGAGUAUGACCUGGCAGUAGGAAUCUUUCCUCGGGAUGCUACCAACUAUGAAUUCAUUCAGGAGACGGGAAAACUUACGGUCUACAUACCGUCUGUCUGUGAAGUGGGCUAUAGGGACUCGUCUGUGUUGCGUUUUUUCACAACUGUGACUGGAUACUUGAAGAAAGGAAAGCUAGAAGACAUUCAGGGGAUCAAGACAAAGGUGACCUUGCUAUGGGUAAAAGUGACCUCAAUCUCCUCUGGGGGAUCAAAGCUCAAUUUCCAGGCUGGGAUGAACAGAAGCAGGAGUAGAGAGGCUUAUGAGGUCUCUAGAGAUGGAAUUACCGUAGAUAAGUUCUGAAAAGGUGAAAUGUUCAUCAGGUGCUCAUAUGUAAUUGUAGUGUUUAGAGUCAUCGCUUGCUUAUCCACCCUGAAAACUUAUUGAGUGAAUGAUCAUGUUAUAUUCUGGAUGUUAAAUGGUUAUGAUGAUAAUAAUCUUAUGUUUGUA